AUGGACAAGAAAAUGCUCGAAUACGCAAGCGUGGGUUCCAGGAGCCCAGGACCAGCGGAGUAUUCCGUCAAGCCCACGAUCGGAAAAUUCGCGACCGACCCAACGAUCGAGAAGAAUCCAGCGUACUCGAUACUCGGCAAGAGAAAUCAGAAGAUCGAAUCGAUCGGGCCGGGCCCUGGGUACGACGUGUCCACGUUGAACCAUUAUGGCAAGCACCGGGUACUGGGAGGACUUUUGAGCAAGCGGCUGGACGACAAGGCUCCGGCCCAGACACCGGGACCGGCAGACUACUGCGUGCAAAGCCAUCAGGACCAUGGGGCGAUCAAGAUGGUGCGGCCGUCGGGCUUGCAGCUGAAGCCUAGGUCCAUGGUGCCGGGGCCCAACGCGUACAUCCUGCCGGACGCGCUGAACAAGCAGGCUGCGCCGCUGGGCAAACGGUUCCCGCCGCUCAAGGCGUUCGUAACGCCUGGGCCCGGCGCCUACGACCUGCCGCACGGCGACCGGUACCUGUCCGGCCGGUAUGGCGGUGGCCGCACCAUGGCCGGACGGCCGAAGCGCUCUCGGGUGCCCGAAAUGCCCGGGCCGGCCGCCUACGACGGAUCCAAGCCCAAGUGCUGCACCAUUCAGCCAUCCAUGGACAAGUGUCGCACCACGUUCGGCGCGAAGAGGCCGGACAUCGUGCCCCCAUUCGCCGUGCCGGCGGACAACGAGUACGACAGCGACUGUUGCAAAUAACGGAGAUCGCGGCUUCGGAUCACGAAAAUAGGGACAUCGUUUCAAAGAUCGAAAAGAACAACGAGCGUGCGUCCAUCUUGUUCGUAGUACGAAGCAUGUUUGUUCAAAAUAUUUGAGUGACCACGCUGGACCAAGUCUUUAUCAAUUCAAUCGCCACUAUUAUUAUAACCUGUAUUAUCAUCCAUUACUCGAGAUUUUGCAUGUGACUUAAGGUUUCCUAAAGAAAAGAGUCGUAAUAUGAAUAACGACGAUUCGC